AUGGACGGCCAUCAGAGACUAAAAAGGGCCUCGAUCAUGUUCACUUUUGUCGUUUUACAUCUUGUUCAAGCUCAGGAUCAACAAGGAUUUAUCAGCUUGGAUUGUGGAUUAGAACCUAACCAGUCUCCAUAUCUCGAACCAGCAACCAAUUUAAGUUUCUCAUCUGACCACGAUUUCAUCCAAACUGGAAAACGUGGUAAAAUUGCGAAAGGAUUGUCGUAUGAAUAUAAACAGUAUAAUGCUUUGAGAUAUUUUCCAGAAGGAAAACGACACUGCUAUAAUCUGAGUGUCAAGCAAGACAUCAGUUAUCUGAUUAGAGCUGGGUUCGCAUAUGGAAAUUAUGAUGGCAAGAAUAUCUAUCCAAGCUUCGAUAUAUACAUUGGGCCUAAUUGGUGGGCUACAGUGUAUGAUGAUCGAAAAGACUUUGAGAUCAUUCACAUGGCAAAGUCAAACUCCUUGCAGAUCUGCCUUGUCCAGACAGGACCAACUACACCUUUCAUAUCAACCUUGGAACUACGGCCUUUAAGGAAUGAUUCUUAUUCUACGCAGUCAGGUUCCUUGCAACUCGUAUACCGGCAUUUUUAUAUAAGCAACUUAGACGUAAGGUAUCCUGAUGAUGUCUAUGAUCGUCUAUGGUAUUCAAAUAGUUGGUUUGGAAAUGAUGCAGAAAUAAACACAACCCAUACUGUGAACUCCUCUAAUGCCUUUGUAGUUCCGCAAGUUAUAGCUAGGUCCGCUGCAAUUUCUGGAAAUGCCAGUGAACCAUUGUAUUUUUUCGAGUCUACAGAUAACCCUAGUGAUAAUAUUAUUAUUUAUCUUCACUUUGCUGAGAUCCAAGACCUUCAAGCCAACGAUACGAGAGAAUUCGACAUUGUAUGGAACGAAAACAUUACAAAUUCAGCGUAUACUCCGAAGAAGUUAGAGAUAGACACCAUAUUCAACACAUCACCUGGUAAAUGUGAUGAUCAAACGUGUUACAUGCAGUUGGUGAGGACACGAAAGUCAACUCUUCCACCACUGCUUAACGCUUAUGAGGUUUACAAAGUUAUGGAGCUCCCACACUCAGAAACACAUCCAGGCGAUGGAGAAUCAGAUGGUGUUGCUUUGGAUUGGGAAAGUAGACUUCGAAUCGUUAUCGAGACUGCACAAGGAUUAGAGUACUUACACAAUGGAUGCCAACCCCCAAUGAUUCACAGAGAUGUUAAAACGACAAAUAUACUUUUGGACGAGCACCUUCAGGCAAAACUCGCUGAUUUUGGACUUUCUAGAUCUUUUCCAAUAGGAGUUGAAAGUCACGUUUCUACAAAUGUUGCUGGCACUCCUGGAUAUCUUGAUCCUGAAUAUUAUCGAACAAACUGGUUGACCGAGAAGAGUGAUGUAUAUAGUUUAGGGAUUGUAUUGUUGGAGAUGAUCACAGAUCGGCCUGUGAUUCAGCAAACUCGUGAAAAGCCUCAUAUAGGAGAAUGGGUAGGGCUCAUGCUUACCAAGGGAGAUAUUGAGAGCAUUAUGGAUCCAAACCUGAAGGGAGAGUAUGACUCAAGUUCCGUUUGGAAGGCUCUUGAGCUAGCUAUGUCAUGCGUGAACCCCUCUUCAGCGGGAAGACCAAACAUGUCUCAAGUUGUUAGUGAACUUAAAGAAUGUCUCAUAUAUGAAAACUCAAGAAAAGAAGGAAGAUCAGAUAUGGAUUCAAAGAGUUCUCUCGAACUAAGCACUAGCUUCACCGCUGAAGUGACCCCUGAUGCACGCUAA